UCAGGACCCCGGAGAAGGAGAGACUGGAGGGGAGAGGUGGCCCCCACACUGCCUGCACGGCUCUCUGUGGCUGAUCUCAGAGAGUGCUGGAGCUGAAGGAGGCAAGAUAAAGGAUUUGUGCCGUGUGAACAGGAAACAUUCCAGAUCAGAAGGCGGCUGAGCAGUAAUGGAUGUGGAUGAGCUAAAGGAAUACAUUCAGGCCUACAACCUCAACAACUGCGCUCUGGGCAGCCAGGGUUACAACAGAAUCCUCCUGCAGCUGUUUGGGUUUCUGGGACAUGGCAAGUCCUCCUUGAUCAAUUCCUGUAAAUAUGCCCUGUAUGAUAAGCCGUUCACCAUACACGCUGAGUCUGCCCCGGCGGAUGGUGGCCUCACCAUGGAGAGGAAAUCAUACCCCCUGACCAACUGCAUCACGAUGGUGGACAACCGAGGAUGUUCCACUAUGAACAGCUUUGAGACCGGGGAGAUUUACGCCCAGCUGUGUAAUUUUUUCCCUUUGGACCAAAGAGUUGAAUGGACCAAAGAGUAUGAGGAGAUGCUUGGUCGCCUGGAGGAUGGAGAUGUGGAGCCAAACUUCACUAAUAUCAUUGUGCCGAUAUUUGUUUACAGUGCAAAAAAGGAAAUUGCCGACAAAGAAGUGGAUGAAAUGAAGACCUUUUUGAAAAACUGCCGGGAUCUGACAGGAAUCUUCCCCAUCGUUGUCCUCACCCACAAGACGAGCGGCCCUUUCUCCAAAUUGCGUGACAUGUUCGAGGGGAUGGGGGCAGAGGAGAUAUUUGCGCUGGAGAAUUACACAGCCGAGGACAACCUGAAGACCCGUGGGAGACACUUACAGUUCCUACACCUGAUCCACAAUGUAUUGCUCAAUGUCAACUUUAAGCUGAAAGAGGAACGUAACCCAAGGAAAGAACGCACUGAACGCAAGAAAUUUAUAUACCGUUUUUUUCAUGAAAGAGAAUUAAAGAAGUAGUAAUUAAUAAUUACCCCAUAAAAAUAAGUUCAGUACAGAGGAGAAAAACCUUUAUGUUACAGCUUUGCAAUUUGCAGUCACCAAAUCCCUUUAUGAGGGUGACAAAAAAAGUGUUUAUAAAUUAAAAAAAUUAAAAAAAUUAAGUGAAA